AUGAUAAAGAUAUGCCAUCAUAGAAGGAUUUUUCCUACCAAGAGGUGGCUAUCGAAUACCUUAGCCGUGAGAAAGUCUAAUGGAAAGAUAAAAAAUAUCAUAGAUCGAGAAAAGGAGGUUGAAAAACCUCUAGAUAUAAAUCAUUAUACUCAUAGAUUAUUUGAUGAACUAUAUGAUGAAGCAGUUAAAGUUUCAAGAGAUAGAAUACCCAUACUUGAAAGUAAAUUAUAUGAUACUAAAGUACCCACCAAAUCGAUUCUUGAUGAACUACAGAUCAACGAUUGGAGACAGAAACCUGCCAAAGAUGCCAUAAACGAUACUGGAAAUGAUAUCCAAACCAAUGUCUUAAGUUUCAAUUGCCCAAAUUCCUUAUUAAUAGAAUCAGAUUUCAUGAAUGCAUACCCUCAAAGAAUACAUAGAAGAUAUAAUCACCUGAUAGACAAGCUAAUGGUCAUAAAAAAGAGAAAUCCUAUGAAUUUGAUGUUUGAGAAUACUUAUUAUUUGAUCUUCCCCAGUUACUUAGAUGCUUCGGUGUAUUAUAUGGAAACAAAGAAUAAAGACUUGAAUGGGUUCCCAAUGAAAUUGAAAUUUCAGACUUUGAGUCCAAUUUUACCUCAUUUGACUUCUCCCUUCUUUCAUGUUUUAAAUGACAAAGUAGAUAAGAAGAAUCCUUUCAAAUUAGUACCAGAACUUCAACAAUCACUUCAGAUGUUGAAAGAUUCCGAUACAAAUGAUAACUAUAAACAAUUAUCACGAUUUGCUUCAUAUCAAACAAGGAAAUCUUACGUUCUUGUGAAAAACUUACCAUUUGGAUUAAGUAAAUUUACUUUACAGAGACUUUUAUGGGAUUAUGAAUUCCCACCAUCAUUAAAACAACAUCAAUGUUUCCGUACAGUUAUCAGAGAUCAAGUCAAACAAGUCAAUAUGAUGUUAAUAACCUUCAAAAAUGUAGAUAGUGCCAAAAGGUUUAUUAGAACAUUUCAUGGACAACGUUUGAUUACUAAAGGUAGUAAAAGAUUUUAUGAACCACUUUAUUGUGAAAUUGUUUAUUAA